AUGGCGAACUUGUGUAGGCCAGGGACCUGUCGAUCAGCUGUCCGGCUGGUCAGGUCCCUAUAUCUUCACCUGGGCAUGCUGCCUGUGCUCAGACCAAGGUCACAGCUACAGAAGAAGCUUGUAUCUCCCCUGGAUCAUUUACCUGUGCGAUGUUUCUUUAAGCUGCCAAACUUAAACCCACUGGCUUCAUCAUCGAAACGCAAGCAGUAUUCUGAACGAAGGAUACUUGGCUACACCAUGGAACAGAUGUAUGAGAUUGUGGCAGAUGUGGGUCGCUACCAUGAGUUUGUUCCCUGGUGCACCAGCUCCAAGGUGUUUGAUGUUAGACCCAACGGGUUCAAGUCCAGGAUGGAGAUUGGCUUUCCUCCGCUGGUGGAGAAGUACAACUGUACCAUCACACUAGUUCAUCCUAACCUUGUACAUUCAGAGUGUACAGAGGGCAGACUUUUCACCCAACUGCUGACCAUUUGGCGCUUUAGUCCUGGCCUUCCUGGCAACUCAAAAUCCUGCACCCUGGACUUUUCG